CAGCUCUCCGCUCACGCCCUCGCCGCCCUCGCCGAAUUCCAAACUGAACGAGAUGCCCGCGCGAAACACUUUGAAGAUCUGAAACUGGCUGCCGAGGCCGAGAUCGAGGAUGCUAAGGGCUUGGACAAACCGCUAUCAAUAACCGACUUUGAAGAAGAUUGGAACCAUAGCCAAUUUUGGGCAUGCACUUACAAUGACACAACAGCAAUCGCGAUGGCAAAGCAGCUGCUCGAUGGUGCGACGGACGACUCCAAGAUUGCCGUCGUAAGCACUCCUAGCGUGUUCGUCCAGUUGAAAAAUCUCCUGGCUUCCUCCGAAUACCAGAUCCGUCCCGAAGUAAAGCUUUUGGAGUACGAUGAACGUUUUGGAGUCUUCAGCGAGUUCGUCCCGUACGACUUGAAGUAUCCAACUCGUCUUCCUCCGACCCUUAAGGGCCAAUUCGAUCGUAUCAUCUACGACCCGCCGUUCCUUAGUGUCGAUUGCCAGACGAAGAUUGCCCUUACGGUUAGGUGGCUUGCAAAAUCCUGGGAACCAGAAAGCCUACGCUUGAUCGCUAUCACGGGCGAGCGGAUGGAAGGAAUAGUGCACAAGCUGUGCAGCAAGGCAGGAAUCCGCACGACGGACUACGCGGUCGAGCACGCGAACGGUCUCAGCAACGAAUUCCUUUGCUACGCUAAUUUCGAAAGCGACGAAUGGGCAUGGGAGCAGGAGGGCGUUGUCAAGGAGCAGCGGCAGGACUCGGUGCUCAAGCAGGACUAG